CAUUCUGUGAGCAUAGAACUGCGCAGGGUCUUUGCUUGCAAAACUGCACCUGGGAAAGAAGAUUUGGAUUAACAGAUGAACUGAAUUAACUAUACACCGCGCACGCACUCCACCGGACCGUUCACUCUUUGCGCUUGCUUUGAAAAAAAGGACGCGUUGUGUGUCGACACUGGGAUUUUACAACGAAGAUGGGUGUUUGUGGAUAUUUGACCGUGUCUUGGAAGUGCCUAGUAGUUCUGACGUUUAGGCUUCUGUUUCUUCUACCUGCAGGUCUACCUGUCCGUAGUCAAGGAGAUUCCCAAUCCGAUAACAAAGUGAUGGAAAAUAUAACCGUCAGACAAGGCGAGACAGUCUUCCUCACGUGUCCGCAGGGGGACGUGGUCACUCACACCGCCUGGCUCAACCGCUCCAGCAUCCUGUACGCGGGCGAGGACAAGUGGUCUGUGGACCCCAGGGUGAGCCUGGUGACCCUCAGCCAGGAGGAGUUCACCAUCAAGAUCGAGAACGUGGACACGAGCGACGAGGGCCAGUACGUGUGCGCCGUCCAGACGAGCAGCCGGCCGCGGACCACGUCGGUGCACGUGCUCGUGCUGGUGCCGCCCAAAAUCAUCAACUUGUCGAAGGAUCUCGUGGUCAACGAGGGCGCGGACGUCACCCUGAUGUGUCAAGCUGGUGGGAAACCGGAGCCGUCUCUCAGCUGGAAGCUGAUCUCUCCCUCAGGGGACCUGGGGUCGGAGGAGGAGGUUCUGGAGAUCCCCUCCAUCACCAGACAGAAGGCCGGAACAUACGAGUGCACGGCCGUCAACGACAUCGGCACUGACGUCCAGACCGUGGAGAUCACGGUGAACUAUGCCCCCAGCGUGUCAGAGGGCAGAGAUGUUGGGGUGACUCUCGGCCAGAAAGGAGUUUUGGAGUGUGAGGCUGAUGCGAUGCCCGAGGCGAGCUUUGAGUGGUACAGAGAUGACAGAAGGAUUCUCAAUGGUUUUGAUGGCAUUGACAUCGAGGAUUUAGGGCAAAUCUCCAAACUGAUGUUUUUCAAUGUCUCCGAGUCAGAUUACGGCAACUUCACCUGCAUCGCCAUUAACACACUGGGGAGCUCAAACACAACGUUUCUCUUGUAUGAGGUAAUUGAGCCCACUAGCUCAACACUAUUGCAAGAGGAGUCAACUUCUCAUUUAGCUUUGACAAGCUCUGAAACUUUUGCAAUACAGUCAGGACCGAGAACAGUUCAGGAUGGAAACAGUGGGGCUCUGGGAAUCCACACACACACGUCCAACUGUGUCGUGUUUGUCCUCUUUCUCCUCUUCCUGCUAAGGGUCUGAAGAGUGAUGUCUUCAUGCAGAUUGUGUUUUCUCUCGCGUGGAAUCGCAAACUGAACUACUACAUAAUGUCGAAGCGCAAAAAAAAAAGUAUGUAACAUACCUUUUUUUUUUUUUUUUUUUAAGCUGAAGAUUUAACAAUGGUUUCUUUCUUUUAUUUUUAUUUUUAUACCAUUAUGGUAUCAUUAUGGUAUUAUUGGUUUAGGGUUUGCCACUUAUUGAAAAUGUGUCACUUAUUGAAAGUCUGUUUAUACAUUUUGUAUCACAAAGUUUCAAUGAGAGACCAGGUUAUAGCAGGUUUGUGAGGUGAUUGUCAAACAUCUCAAACGUACAUUGGUAAACAAAGAACACAGAUUUCCCCAUGAGGUCUAAUGACCUUACGUGUGUUUUUCCAUGUGCGUCAUAAUGUAAGUAUUACAAUUAUGGUCAUGAGAAAAGACAUGUUGAAAUGUUUCUUUUUCUGCUAUUUUUUUCUCUCAGUUUUUGCUCUGCUAAUCUAUUCUUAGUUUAAUUCCUGUUUUUAAGAAGGGAAUAUUAUGAAGUUGUAAUUAUUUAGGCACAAGCCUGGUUUGAUUCCUGUUUAGCUGGCGCAUCUAUACUCAUGGUGUUGAGUGUAUCCACUAGUUAAGAAUGGAUGAGCGUUUUUAUUCAUGUGGACAUCUAACUUCAAUAAUAUAUUUCCAUGCAACCGUCUGUCAAAGCAACCGGUGUGAUAAUUCUUAAGUUGUAACAUAUUGACAUGUCAUUUACAUUAUUUGUAGUUACUUGUGAAUGGUUACUAAUUUAACUAUUUGUGUGUCAGAGUUAGGCCAUGUCCAUUAUAAACAUGGGGACAAACGUUGGUUUAGAAAAACCCAAAGACUACGUCACUGUUAACUGCAGACUUUGUCCUUCACUCUUUGGCUCAAACAGAACCUAUAAUUGGUUUGUGUUCAACCGCGAUCUAUGAACUGACUAUGCAUAUUGUGCAUAUUUCGUCAGCAAUUAGACUGCUACCACACUGUUUAAUGAUGUUUUGUAAGCUGAUAACCUGGCUUUGAGGGGUUAUCGGGCAGUCAUUUAUAUAACCGUUUUGAACCUCCCAACAUAAGUAUGUCUACUCAAUCCUCCUUAAGAACACACCACCUGCUGUAGUUGUAGGUCCAUGAAUCAGCAAACCCCUUCGUUCUGCAAAACAGCCAAGUAUAUGUGCUAAUUUGAAACGUAAGACAGUUUUCAGUCUUUCAUCCAGACUGUCGCUCCUGUGCCACAUUGAAAUGUGAGGUCUUGAACGCAUUCAGUAUCUCCAGACAUACUCCCUACUGUGUCACGUACUGCCACGUUAAUGUGAAGCGAUAUUCAGAAAGGCCUUCACGGAUCACGUAAAUGAGCGGUGGAAUCGCUAUCCUGCAGGUUCCAGUUAGGGUACGUCAGAUACCUGAGUGGUCAUCUCCCUUCAUCUACUUCUUAACAAAGUAAUGUUUGUGUGUUGGAUUUAAUAUUACCAAACACAACAGUUGUGGAUUUCAUCAAUAACAUACACUUAACGGUGACAGACCAUUGACAAAUGCUUGGCUGUGGUUAAAGGGACAGUUCACCCAAAAAUCUCAAAUACAUAUUUUCCCUCUUACCUGUAGUGCUGUUUAUCCAUCUAGAUUGUUUUGUUGUGAGUUUCCAGGGUUUGGAGAUGUCUGCCAUCUCUCUAAUGUAAUGGUACAAGAUGGCACUCUGUGCUUGUGAUGCUCAAAGCGCCCCAAAAAUACAUUUGGAAAAACCCGACAGCAAUGUCUCUCUUCAGAAAUCCUGACCCGGUUACUCAAGAUAGUCCACAGACCUUGUUGUGAACAGUCUCAAGUAAAAAGUGACUGUUGGGUGAACUGUCCAUUUAAUGGGUGAUUGCUUUGAGACCUAUGCAGUACUUUGUCCAAAUGUACAGGUCUGUGUAUCUGGUUCACAAAAUAAUACAGAGACACAGAUUCUGCAAACCGGUGGUGCUCAUGAUAAAGAUAGAUGCUGACUUUUUAAUCAAAAUUCACAUAUUGCAUGAUGGGGCCAGUGUUGAUGUUUAGGAAUGAGAACAUCUUAACGCACAUCACUGAAGAUACAGCAAUGCACAGAAUGGUUAGCCCUUAAAACAAAUAUGUUAAUAAAUAAAAAGAUUUGUAUUUUGGCUACAGCACCACAUACAGUAUGCUAUUUGAACUGAUAUUGUCUGUUUUAAGAUAUGAUGGUUAACGCUAUAGCUACUCUUUGUCUUGGGACUUAAGUUGAAGGAAAAUGCUAUGGGUAGAUUCAAUACAAGUUGUAAUCAUUUUGUUUAGUUUCAAAAGCAGAUGUACAGAAAGGAUUCAGGGCUUCUAGGAAGUCUCUGCUUCAUCCAUCUCUAAAUACCUAUUUCGAUAAUUUUAUUUACUUUGAGCUUAUAUUGUACCUACCCUAUAGUAUAGUGCUGUUUGUGAUGUGACGUGAUAUUUGUUUGAUAUGCAAUGGGAAUAAAUUAUUUUUUAAUUUUAAGAUAUCACUGAGUUGAGAUGGGUCUUAACCACUUGGGGUUAACAAAGGGACAUGAUGGAAUUUCAUGAUCUUAUUAAUCCAUCACAAAUGAUUAGCACAAACAUUUCCCUAAUAAAACAAUUGCUCAAAUGGUCAAGUCAACUCAAGGUACUCACUUGACUCCUGUAAUGUAAAAGAUGAUUGGUUCACAUGUAUUUUCUUUUUGACGAUUGUGUGUUCAUAUUUAAGACUGACAAUAAUAAAAUGUUGUA